CUCACACGCCAUAUGUACUUUCAAAGAAUCCAGCAAAUAUGGGCUCCUCGUCUGAAACUACAGAACUGCUAGGGCAACACCUCUGCGAAUACACAAGAAAGGAGGCAAUCCCUUCAAUGCGAACAAAUAACAUCCCGCUUAAGAACUAUGGCUUCUCGCUACACUUAUAUAUUCCAAACUUCGGAGUAACCGAGAUACCAAUCCAAAACCAAGCAGGGCAACCCUCCGUGAAGAACACCGGUAUCCAAGAUGUCCUUUAUUCACAUCUGGGAUUUAGGUAUUCUACACCGUCUGAGAACAACAGAGACGAGGCAUCAAUUCUACAACAAUGUAUCAGCGAAGUUAGAACGAUCGCUUUGUUCUUCCCCGACAUACGGGCCACCAAUAUCCGGGUUUGCAUGGCUGCUUGGCUGGGAACGUUAUGUUCCAUUGAUGACUUGAUCGAAGAUAUGAUGCCCAAUGAGGCGAGUGCUGUUUUAUACCGUUCAUUACAGGCUCUACAAGAAGAAUGCUCCCUUACCUCUCCCCAGCAUGCGGUUGUUGAGUAUUUCAUUGCAUUCAAGCGACAUUGCUCAACAUACUUAUCUCUGGAAGUAGCUCGACAUUUCUUCGAUAGUGUUUGUAUUACACUUGAGGGGCUGCUUGAUGAAAUAAGAUUCAACCAGGGUUAUUUGCCAUACAACCUGGAGACAUAUAUGAGCAUACGUGGGCGUACGAUUGGGAUUAAGCCCUUUUUUACACUGAUCAAAAGCAUACUCGAAACAACUGACCACCAGUGGUCGACAGAUAUAAUAGGCAUGGAGAGGGAUAUUUUCGCUAUUAUUGGUCUCCAAAAUGAUCUAAUUGGGCUGGAGAAGGAUAUCCGAACCGAGCAGCAAAUGAAUGCUGUUAUUGUUAAUGCAGCACACCUUGCCAACAAAAUCGCAUCUGCAGAGAAGGAUGCAGCUCUUCAAAUUGCCACAAACAAUAUCUCUGCUUUGCAUAACCAACUGAUAGAGCAUGUGUUAGAGAAACGUGCAAAGAUUCAUCAGAGGGCUAUUGGGAAACUUGAGGAUACUCUGGAGUCUCGCUUUGCAGAUAUACAACUGCUGUUUACAGAGACGCAUCUGAAGUGGUGCACAUCCGCGAAGCGAUAUACGUUAACUGCCGCAGAGUUAAACACGAUGUAAAUAGAAACGGUCUAGAUAAACAACAGUGAUAUUUGGUAUUCUUUUCUGUUAGACGGAACAAUCUUACGGGUAGUCUUGAACCACUUUUCGCGAAAUACAUA